AUGUUAUUCGCCUUGAAAGAGUACAAAGAAAAGAAAACCUACCCCAGCUUUGCCCGUAGGAGCGAGAUGUUAUUCGCCUUGAAAGAGUACAAAGAAAAGAAAAACUACACGAGCUUUGCCCGUAGGAUUGAGAUGUUAUUCGCCUUGAAAGAGUACAAAGAAAAGAUUACCUACACCAGCUUUGCCCGUAGGAGCGAGAUGUUAUUCGCCUUGAAAGAGUACAAAGGAAAGAAAACCUACACCAGCUUUUCCUGUAGGAGCGAGAUGUUAUUCGCCUUGAAAGAGUACAAAGAAAAGAAAACCUACGCCAGCUUUGCCCGUAGGAUGCAAAAUAAAACAACUAUCAACUAUUACUUAAGUUAUUAUUAUUAUUAUUAUUAUUAUUAUUAUUAUUAUUAUUAUUAUUCCCCUUCUUCUCCUUCGGCCUCUUCUUCUUCCUCUUCUUCUCCUUCCUCUUCUUCCUCUUCUUUUUUAUCAUAUCUAUCUAUCUAUAUAUAUAUCUAUCUAUCUCUGUCUGUUCAUAUUCAUCUAUCUAUCUAUCUAUCUAUCUAUCUAUCUAUCUAUCUAUCUCCGUCUAUUCAUUCAUUAUCUAUCUAUCUAUCUAUCUGGUCACUUAUGGAAGUGAGCAAUCAUGGCUUUCUAUAA